UUCUCGAACAAGACAAACGAGGGACAAUCGUUGUGAAAAAUAUUAUCCAGCAUCGGCAUCUCGCGGCGGAGCUACAGAAAGUGCGUGAUAGAUUUUGAUCGCGAGAGAUUCCCACAGUUAUCCCACCCUGCCAGCACGGCUACAAUGACAACAGCAAUGGAAGCGUCCGAGCCGAACCUCAAAGAAUCAUUCAAUGAGGCCAAAAUCCGACAGAAUCAGCUUGACACUCUUGAUCCUCGAAGCUCAUCUUACAAAGAUACUCUGCAAACCAUCAUAGACAAUUUGGAACGAUGUCGGCAGUUGAUCCGACAACUCGCACUCUUUAGUCCAAAUGAGGAAGUCGAGGACAUUGCUACACAGGAUCUACAGUACUUGACCGUGGACUACAAUCUCGCGGAGAUGAAGAUCAAAGCAUACAGUGAGGACCGACUCUCGUCGUUGCGAACAUCCGUGGCACUAUUGGAGCGUUUCCUUACCCAGCUGGACCACUAUGGCCUGCUCAACUCAUCCGAUCACAAGCUGUACGAGAGGUUUCUUGAGCAGCGAGAUAGCUUUAGGAUAGUGUCCUCUAGCAACCCCGAAGAAAAGCGCAAAAUUAAGAUCACCCGGUUUCAGGAAGAAAAGUCUUUGAAGCAGAAGCUCGAGUACUUGAGGGGUGAAUCACAGAAGAUCAACAUUGACGACGAUACAAUACGAAAUCUUUAUCUGGCCGAGAUUUCCCUUUCGGUGAAUAGGGCCUUUUCUUCGUUAGACAUGAUAACACAGGAACUUGACAUUCUGUCUCAUAUGCGUCAAGCGCCCGCUCCGAGCAGUCCACCAAUGGACCAGAGAGAACGGACUAGACCUGAUGGAUAUUCUGAACGCCUGGAUGGGCCCAUGACAUUGGCAGGGCUAGGCAAGAGGGGUGGUCCUCUGCUCAACUCGAGUGGGAAGCCACUGCAGCCUUUCACCCUUACCGACAAACGCACCCAACUUCAACAGGGUGUCUUUCGAUCUGGUCAUAACCUCCCAACGAUGAGCAUCGACGAAUAUCUCGAGGAAGAACGACGCAGAGGAGGUAUUAUCGAAGGAGGUGGCAAUGCCAAUGCUCCUCAGCCGGAGCCCGAUGAAGAUAAUAUAGAUGAGGUUGAUGCUGCCACCAUGAAAGCUCGGCAGUGGGAUGAAUUUGUUGAAGCAAAUCCUAAAGGCGCUGGCAAUAGAUUGAACAGAGGCUGAAGCUCAGCCCGUUUGAGUUACUUUUCCCCUAGCAGGCCCAGUUGGAGGUAUUCGCCCCGUCGGUAUC